AUGUACCAGAAGAGAGCUGUCCCGCAACAACGAAACCCGGUCGUGAAUUCCUUCGAUUCAAACUUCAACAGGUGUCUGUUCACAUCCUGGACAAGUUUUGUUAAUGGAAAUACCCCUGUCCUGCAAAUGCCUGUAAAAUGCCAAGGGCGAUAUUUACAACAAGAUGGCACAGAUCCGGAGGAUGAAGACAGAGCUCAGUAUGCUGUUUGCUACAACACAAACACACUUAUUCCAGAAUUCACUGGGCAUGUUUUAUAUCCCUUCGAACCACAAGCUGGGGGAAGAGACGAAUGGGCAAUCGACCGAACUGUUGGCAAGUUAUUUUCUAUUCUCUUGGUCUAUUCUUUUUGUGUGUGUUUGUUUAAGCCAAUGUUUUUUACAAUUUAAUUCUUACAGUUAAGCGUAACCAACGAUCCAAGCAGGUUUUAAGAUAAUGCACAAGUAUAUAAAGACACAGGUACACAACUAUUCCAGCACUAGUACAAACUGAAUAAAGACAGUCCUCUAUUUCUAUGUUAGAUCGUUGUGAUCUAGCAAGUUAGUACUCCAUUCAGUAAACCCUAGGUGCCCGAGGUUUUUUUCUUUCUUAAUUCCGUCUAGAAAGCUUAUAAAACCGACUGCACGGUUAUUUUAUCCUAGACAUUUCGAGAAAGGGCCUCUUGAACCAGGGUCAUAUCGCGCGAUAAUAGUAUCAAUAAAAGGCUUGGUCGAUUUUAACUUAUCAGUAACCCUUAAAUUCUAAUUACUACAUCACACAUCAUAUUACACAUUUUCGCUUCCUCUUUUCAUCUUUCUUUUCCUCUAUUUUUGCUUACAUUCAUUUGUUUUCUAAGAACCGGUGGCACUCCUUUCUGACUAUUCCGCCUCUCAAGGCCAACUUAUUAACGGGUACAACCCACAGCAAAACAGGACAUCUGACUCCAAAUGCGGAUUAUGCCGACGAAAAUCAUCGUCAAAAGACAAUGUUACCAACCAACAUUGCACCGCAGUGGCAGGGAUUUAAUGAUGGAAACUGGUGUGUAAUGGAACAAUUUCUGAGACGGUUUGCAAACAUUGAGAGACAUGAGCUCUAUAUAUUUACUGGCACAAGUUAGUAGCACAAUUUAGCGUUUCACUUCCAAUGGUAGUAGAUUUUCUGAGGCUAGGGAGGGUGCGGCGAAGGUUAUCGAUCUCUAGAAUGUAGAUUGCUUUUCUUAUAGGUAAAUUAUUGUUAUAGACUAUUUAAGUCCCCACACCGGUCGGUAUUUGGAAAUUUAAGUGUCUCCAUCCCCCGGAAUUUACUUUGCAAGAAAAAAAUGCUUAGUAAUGCUCAGGGGUUCCCGCGGGUUAGCCAGGGGGAAGGAACCAGCCGGAAAUGACUUGUGCAUUACAAUUUAAACCUUCCUUGGCUUGCAAGUUGAAAGCUACUAAUAUUUUAUCCACACUUUUCCAUGGAUGAGUCUUUGGCGUCCUUUCCCACUUGUUGAAAAUGAGUGUAACUUUGUGUUAACGUUGUUAUUUAGGUGGGCAAGCAACAAAUAGAGCUAGAACUCCACUAACGUUGAAUAGACGUGUUGUGAUUCCAAAGUACUACUGGAAGGCAGUGUGUGAUCCAGUUCACUCUCAGUCUAUUUUCUUCUACGCUCGUAACCCCACUGACGUCACAACUCUGAACAAGAGGGUAUCGGCCUACUUUGGACAGCAAACUGAGACGUCUGGAGUAGUGAUGUGCGACAGCAUAAACGGAGGCAGUGAAACAAUUGAAAGUGAAGGGGCCCUGGGGCAAACAUACCCAAGUUCACCCUAAACAGAGCUUGCUAAUCUCGUACCCAGAUCUCACUCUGAGAUCUGGGUACGAGAUUAAGAGCUUGUAGUCCUGAUCGAUUAGGAGCUAUAUUCAGAGAAUUCAUUCAACGGCUACCAAGAAACUUUCAGUGGGAAUAA